GUGCUUCGUGUCUAGCUGCAUCUGCAUCCUCCGCCUUGCUAGUCUUUCAGCUUUCAGUCACGUGUAGAUAGGAUCUCCACACCACCACCAAGACGUCACUUCGCCAUCACUUCGCAUCACACCUUCCUACAACUACAACUGCACCUCGGCUACUCAGCAUCUAUCCGUAGAUAGAUUCCUCACCACCACCAUCCCACCACCAUCCCACCACCACCACCAUCCCACCACCACCACCAUCCCACCACCACCACCACCACCAACAACAACAACAACAACAACAACAAACAAGAACAAGAACUACACACAUCUUUCGACAACUACACUCCACACUCCACCAUCACCUUCUCAUCACCUACACAUCCUCUCCUCUCUCUCCCCGCUAUUCGAACACCCUAUACGCUAACCACUCCCCCCCGCCGCCCUCCUCCCCUCACCUACCCGCCGCGUCUCCCCUCUCUCCCCCCCGCCUCCUCCGCCUCCUCCGCCUCCUGCCCCUCUCCUCCCCCCCCCCCCCCUACCCAAGCAGGUCACCCGUAAUGGGCUGGACGUGCUGAUCAAGACCACCUUCAGCUACGUGGAGUCGCUGCUGCCUCAGGUGGACGUGGGCUCGGGGCUCAACAGCUCGGAGUUCAGGUUCCUGUGGACCACCGGGCACGCGGACACGGAGGGCGGCGUGACCCUGCUUGCCGACAUCUUCAACAACGACGUGCAGGGCACCUACGACUCUAUCAAACACCAGCAGAUCGCCCUCUUCUGCAUCGCCUGGGUGUGGGGUCUGGGCUUCCUGCUGCUGCAGCUGCGGCCGCUGCUGCGGCGGGUGCACAGCGAGAUGCGGCGGAUCGCGGAGCUGCUGAGUCAGUUGCCCGGGGAGGUGGACUGCGAGGCGCUGGUGACGGCGGUGAUACUGGAGGAUGUGUCCUCGGGGCCGCAGGGAGGGGGGCCGCAGGGGGGGAGGGAGCAGAAGGAGAGGCGAGGAGGCGGAGGGGAGGGCGGUGGCGGACAGUGGGGAGGCGGGGGGCAGGUAGACGGGCAAGGAGGCGGAGGCGGCGGAUGGAGUGGAGGUGGCAAGACGAUGGGUCGUUUCCCCGAGGUAAUCACCUCUGCGCCCUCUGUCAGCCGCCGCCGCUUCCCCGCACUGCCCUCCGUUCGGGCCCUGGCAGGGACGGGGGCGGGUGGCGACCCGCUGGGCUCCAACCAUGCUACCGAGGGGCCGGAGGGGGCGGGCCGGGCGCCUUGAGCGGCGGUAACGCGUCGGACAGACCCCCCAGGAGGAGAGGGGGGCAUCAGGAGGGGUUUGCGACGGGAAGGCACUGGGAUGGGAUUGGUAGAGCGGGUUCGAUUGGUUGUGACGUAUGGCUUGGUGGGUAGUGUGAACAUGGGGCGCGGUAUGAUGGGAAAAGAAUAUGCGGGGGGACCGCGAUGAAAGGCAGGGCUCUUGGAUGCAAAUGUUUAGCGGUGAUGAUGGCAGUUACAUGAAAGCAGUUACAUGUCUAAUGUUUUAGCAAAUCUUGGUUGGGUUGCUAAGUGAUAAUGGAACUAGUUACAUGUCUAUCGUGUUAACAAUUCUUGGUUGGGUUGCUAAGUGAUAAUGGGAUUCUUGUUGUUUGUUGGUUCUGUUGCAUGUACGGUGCAUGCUUGGUGUCGUGCUGGUGUGUGCGGUUUGUUUCUCCUAGUGAGCAUGUAAGGAGUACGUAUGCUGCACGGGACUAUUGUUCCAUAUUAUUUUCUAGGAAGAAAAUGGUGAUGGCAUGCAAACGUGCGCUUCCAAAGACCUAAGACAGGGCCACCUGCCAGAUGUCAUUCACAUACACGUAUAUGAAGCAUGAUGAGUGAGUGACCGUUACAAUGGUUCCCAGAAAGGGGACAUUGGUGAUGGGAUGUUGCGGGCGGGCCAAUAGGGCCGGGUGAGGGAGGCACGGGUGCGAAUUGACCCUUAGCAGCCUUAACUGCCGCCGUUGCUCUGUUGGGGUUUUCGCCGUUAAUCUGUUGUUUUUUGCCGUUCAUCUGUUGGUUUUUCAAGGUGUUGAAGUACGGUGUUGUCGCUACGAGGCAAUCAAAUGUGAGAUGGUCAAGUACGAUGUGGUAAAGUGAGAAUGUUUUGGCAUGUGGUCUUUGCCCAAACGGUGUUUUGGGGCAGGGAUGUUGUUUGUGGGUUUUAGCUGGUUAACAAGAUGCAAGACGAUGAUGGGUUGCGUGCGGUUGUGGUGGCUUCGCUUGUUGGUUUUCGUGAGGUUGCUACUCGCCCCCUUGUCGCAUCAUACUAGAUGCGCCGGUGUGGUAUCAAUUACGGAGUUGUUACAAGAGGUCCACUGUUUUAGAGGGCGGACAAUCAACGCGCUUUCGCGCGUGUCGUUCCCGUGAAUGCGUGUCUUCUCUUUUGGAUGCGGUACCUACGGUACGGUGGUAGCUUGUACUGAUGAUGCGGCGUUGCCGGUGUUGCUGGUGCACUAGCUCCGAUGAUGCGAUGUGUUUUAGUUCGGUUUGUUGGUGAUUUGUUGGUCAGGUCGAAAAGGGUUUGUUGGUCAGGAGAUAGGGGGAGGACCAACCGUCGAUGUCCAAUGAUUGCGGCUUGUGUGCGUGCCGGCACUGUUUGGCAGGCGACAAAAAAAUGGAUGGACGCAAUGCCCUGCUGUCUCCUCGGGACUGCCCAUUCGGCAAGGUGACCUUGCAAGUUGCAGAUCGUACAGCUGCGGACACGUGCGGAUUGCGGUGCGGACCGGGGCCUUCAAGCCUGCUGAACAGUAGCCACUGGUGAGAUGUGUAUGUGGGGCCUUAUUGCAUGUGAGGCCGCGGGUUCUCACACGCGCACCGGUCGACUUGCACGGCGGUGUGCUGCCGCAUGCCGCUAUUCAUCCGUUGUCAGGACUACUGGACGUCCGUACGGGCGCUUAUCGACAUGACAUGACAUGACAUGGCAUGACAUGCGCGUCCAUCGCCCCUUACCGCCAUACUCUCACAUGUAGCGGUGUGUUAAAAUAACUGGCCGCGACCUUUCCUUCAACCAAAAGUCAUACGUCUGUGUAUGUGUGCAGCAGCUGCAGCAGGGUGCACCUCCUGUCCCGCGUGGCCCCUGUCAUGGACAUGCUGGAGGAAGUGGUUCGUGUGGCGGCAACCGGUCCCCGGAUCGUGAAACACAUACUGUCUGCUGUGCUGCGAUGUUGCCCCUGCGCGACGCCUGUGUGACGACGUGUACGUCAAGAGAGAUGUGGACCCCUCUUGCGUCUUGGUCUGGUUUGGCUGUCGAAGUUGAUGUGUAUGUGGUAAACCAAUGUCGAUGUGCGUGUGAAGAUAAUGUGGAUAUGUGAGGAAAGGCAAUGUCGAUGUUGCGUGUAUAAUAUGGUUCUGAGCCGCGAUGUUUAUUUAUCUGCUGUCGCUGUUUGUGUGCGUGGGCGCGUGCUUCGGGUGUUUGUAUGCGUGUAGGCUAUGUCCCGGAUUGUGUUCCGGUCGUAACUGCGGUUUUUCCAAAGGAAAAGGCCUUAUGCGGCUUCAGCAUCUAUGUGUGAUGCGCCAGGAUUGUGAGCUUCGUGGUAUGCUGGAGUCAGAGGGAGGAAGGUCAACGGGACUGGAGGGCUUGCUUUCCGUGAAGGCUUGAAAUGAGGCAACGGCGGUGUCCUGUCAUGCCACAGAACCUGCCUCAACCCUCUCUGUAUGCGUUUGUGGAGUCCUACCUUCAUGUCUUGCCGUGUGUCGUACAUGUUGCUGUUGCGUCGCCGUAUACUCCUAUUUACCUGGGGUGCAAGGUCCUUAGCACGGCUUCUCCGACUAAUGUAAAUGGGGGUGAAGGUGGCAAGUGAUACCGGUAGGCCUUUUCCUUAAGCGCAUCAAGAGGAGGGGAGCUGUCAGUCCCGAUCAUGAUUGCUUGAUGGCAAAAUCCCAUCACACACCAGACUUUGUACGUUUUCGCCAUCGUCUGCUGAGAGCUAACACGUAUCAUCAUCUCACUCUUCGUCGGAAACUGGUUCGCAAAGUUGAGAGCCUUGGGGCAGUGCCUUUGUUAAUUCUGUUUUGUACUGCAGCAGUACUGCUUACUGUGAGCAAUAAUAAGCGUUGCUAGUCAAGCGUGCGCGGUCGUAAGAACCAACUGUUACCGUUACUUUGAGCUGCUACUAUGUUUCCGUGUAAGAGCGUGUUCUUAGAUAAUGUUGGCUGCAUAAUAAAGUGGUGUAAGUUGAAGUCUCUCGUGCCUCGUGCUGUAACAAACACAGUUAAGCACUCCAACCUCCAACGCACAAUAAUGCUGCCCACCUGGCUGCCUGGCUCACAGCAAAGUCUGCUGAGGUUUUGGUUUGGUGGUCCUCCUGUUCUCCCUCUGUAACAGUCCACAUCUCCUU